AUGAUGCGCAACAUCGCGUCCUUCCACAGGCUCGCCACGGCCGCCGUCGAGAAGACCGCCAGUGGCAAUGCGGAGGGCGCCAAGAUCACGUUCAACGUGAUCAAGCAGCGCCUGGGGGACGUCCUCUACAAGCUCACGUCACAGAAGUUCGAGGACCCAGCCGAUGGGGAGGCGGCCGUGAAGGCCAAGCUCAAGGCGGUGCAUGAUGAGCUGACGGACAGGUUCCGGGCCCUGGAGGAGGAGUUCCGGUGA